CAGGCCCGCCCCCCCAGGCCCCGUUGCUCCUGCCUAUAUCCGGACCUCAUCUGCACCGGCUCUGCCUCCGGGAACACACGUCUCGAUCCUGCUCCUUUGCUUCAGCGCCUGGUUCUCACCAGAGAUGAUCAAGGAGGAGCACGAGGUGGCCGUGCUGGGGGCGCCCCAGAGCCAGGUGGCCAUGCUGGGGGCGCCCCAGGGCCAGGCGCCCAUGACGACCACGGUGAUCAACAUCCGCAGCGACACCGCCGUGCCCGACCACAUCGUGUGGUCCCUGUUCAACACCGUCUUCAUGAACUGGUGCUGCCUGGGCUUCGUGGCAUUCGCCUACUCUGUGAAGUCUAGGGACCGGAAGAUGGUCGGCGACAUCACUGGGGCCCAGAGCUACGCCUCCACCGCCAAGUGCCUGAACAUCUGGGCCCUGGUCCUGGGCAUCUUUCUGACCAUUGGAUCGAUCGUUGUUCUCGUGUUCAUCUACGUGGCAGUCUACCGUACGGCUUUGGAGAUAAUGAAAAAUAGAGGCUACUAGCCGCUGUCCGUGGAGGCGGUCCAGGGCCUCCACCGUCCUUGGUGGCUUUGCACCCGAGGCAUGGGCCCGCCCCGCUCCCAACCCAUAGGAAGCAGUUUAUAGACACAGAUUGUCAACCGCUGAAUCAAUAAAGUGCCCUUGUCUGUGAA